UCGGGAAGACGUCUCUGAUAACACGGUUCAUGUACGACAGCUUCGACAACACGUACCAGGCAACCAUUGGGAUUGACUUCUUGUCAAAAACCAUGUACUUGGAGGAUCGUACGGUGCGGCUGCAGCUCUGGGACACGGCCGGCCAGGAGAGGUUCCGCAGCCUGAUCCCCAGCUACAUCCGGGACUCCACAGUGGCCGUGGUGGUUUACGACAUCACAAAUCUCAACUCCUUCCAGCAGACCUCGAAGUGGAUUGAUGACGUCAGGACAGAGAGGGGCAGUGAUGUCAUCAUCAUGCUGGUGGGAAACAAGACGGACCUGGCAGACAAGAGGCAGAUAACCAUCGAGGAAGGGGAGCAGCGUGCCAAAGAACUGAGCGUCAUGUUCAUCGAGACCAGCGCCAAGACUGGCUACAACGUGAAGCAGCUCUUCCGACGUGUGGCCUCAGCUCUGCCUGGAAUGGAGAAUGUCCAGGAGAAAAGCAAAGAAGGGAUGAUCGACAUCAAGCUGGACAAACCCCAGGAGCCCCCGGCCAGUGAGGGCGGCUGCUCCUGCUAAUGCAGCCGGACCUGCCCGCUUCCUUGACACUACUCGCUUGUUGUGUUGCUUCCUAUUGGUUAGCUUCCUAAGGGGGGUGGGAAAUGAGCUUAUCAAGAUGGGAGGAUUUUUCUUUUCUCUCUGUCUCUAGGAGUAGGGUGGGGUGGGGAGGGAGGCUGGGCAUCAGGGAUCACGUCACUCUUAACAGCUGUUACUUAAACAACUAUUUUUUGGUUUGGUUGUAAUAUAUUGUACUUUAUUAAGAUUGCCAAAAACUGUUAAAAUUUAAAAAAAUUUAAAUCAUGUGUAUACAACUUUUUGCCAGAUAAUAAUGUAGUCAUUUUUAUUUAAAAGAUGUGCUUUUUGUUUUUGUAUAUUUGUAAACUUACAGAGAACCUUUUCCACACACCUCCUCCUUCCUGUCCUCUCUGAACCGUUAAUCACCUCUGCCCUCUCCCAGCCCAGCCCACUAUAUUACAAUUAACUGGGCAACUUAAUUAGGCUCCAGUCCCAGACCCUUCCAAACAAGCCCUACCUGGUCAAAUCAAACACUGAACAAAACAGCCUCUGAAGAGGCAACUUUUAACUCUGUCCUUCUUCCAUGGCCAGAGUGGGACAUUAGCCAUGGCCCUGAGAUGGAAUUAUGACCUUGUGGACGGUAGGGGCGCGCAGCAGCAGGCCCCCUGGACUGACUUCUGCCUCUCCCCUCCCCCUGGAAAGCCCUGAAGCGGGUGGAAGGCAUUUGCCACAGGCAACUCGUGUUCUCUGUGGCCCACUCAGUUAUUGGCAGCGCAAGGUCAGGGGAAGGAAGACGAGGUGCUGUUGGCAGCCGUGGGCUUGGUCCAUGUGUGAUUUACAGCCUUGGGGCACCGUGUGUGGUUCUGCAAAUGUUCUAACCAACUUUGCCAUCACUCAGCCCACAUGUCUGGGUUGAUCUAAGGGAAAGGCAGAGAGCAGCUCAGUGUGUGCCGCCCUCCGACAUCGGGGAAGCUAGAGCCUGUACCGCCCGGUACUUGUGACUGGGGAAGGGAGGGUUGACUGUGGUACCGCCACCUUGAAGAUGCAUGUUCAGAUCCUCGGCUGCUAAUACUACUGAGUGCUGUUCUGGAAAAGCGGACUUGUCAAUGUGUUUCACCCCCCGGCAUAAUGCAGUUGUGAUCUUUGCGCACUAACCUUUGUGGAUAUGUGGCAGCCCUCUGGUUGCUUGAGCGUACUGCUGAGGUGGGGUCUCCAGAAGGCUCCCCAGAGAGCUCUCCUUGCCAUUUUGACUUCUUUCUGAGAAGGGCUUAAUCCUGAGGACCUGUAAAAUCUCUGAAGAGAAUCCUAAGUGAUAUAACUCAUUUGGCCACCAUUCCAAAUAGACCCACACUUCCUGAACCUGAGCCUGCACAGAGCCAGGCAGUAGGCAGAAACUGUCCCCAAACAGUAAGCCCUACCCUCGAAGCUGGCAUGGACUCUGCCUCCAGGCUGCUGCAGGCAUGUCCUGCCUGAGCUAAAGGACCAUCUGGGGGUGGCAGGGGGUGAACAUCCACAAAGCAGGACUCUAACAAGUUACUGCAUUAGAACUUCUCAGAAACUAAUCCAAAAUGGCAGCCGAGUAAGUGGAGCAGAGCCUGGCAGGACUCGCCGAUGCCUGUCCUGUGGGCCUGCCACACACUGUCAGUUUAAGGAGACUCUAUGUCCGGGCUGAUCCUUAGAGGAAUUGACCUUCAGGUGAAGAACAGGAGGAAGCAGGAUUCACACUGAGCUCCUCUCCCAGUAGGCAGAGACCGAUGUACGAACGUAAUUCUGAUGUCGUGUUAAGUUUUUAUAUGUGUGUACAUAAUUAUAUAUAGAGAUAGACUUGUGUAUACACCUUCCACACACAUUCUCACAGAGAUACAUGUGCUCAAUGUAUAUUCUUGUUUUUCCUGCUCUCAAGUUGGAACUUACAUUGUGAUAACAGUUUUGGAAAUUCAAAAGUACUGCAAAGUGUUGAAAUAAGAAAUACUUAAAUAUUGUCAAAAAACUUGUGAUUGUCUUGCCAUCAAUAAACUAAUGCAUAGAUGUGUUAAACUACAGGCAAAACCAGCCAUGGGAAUAUGUGCACCGUAUCUCUCUAUACUUAUAUGCACAGGUGUGCAUGCCCACGUGGGCCAGUACCCCCCCACCAUGGCACACCCCCAAGUGGUGCUUGUUGGAAGAGUGCUUAUUUACCUCGUGAGAAUUCCUAUGAGUCCAUGUUCCAGCACCCGCCUUGUUGGCAGUUAGGGCCAUUGCUGUGGCCCCUGGGACAGCCCCAUUUGCUGGGCUCUGCAUUGGGUCCCAGUGAAUGAAUGUAUGGUGGAUUAUCACUUUCUUGGUACUAAAGAGUAGCUUUCUUAAAUAUUACUGUAAAAACAAAGUAGAAACUCUGUUCCCUUCUCAUGUGCACACACAGUUUAAGGCACCACGAACAUUUUUUCCCCAUCACAGCGUAGAGCAGUAAGAGACGCAGUUGACGUUAUUGGGCUCCAUGUGGCCUCAGUGAGCCCUGCCCUCAUCGCGCAUACACAAGGUCCUCUCUCGAGUCACGCUCUCCCUAGCCCUGUGGCUUCCGAGGCAGGGGCAGCUGUCUCCUCUAGUCCUCCCAUCCCAGUGGUGCCGUGCCAUCCAUGACCCUCCUUCCCUCAGGCCUGAUUUCCACCCUCACUUCCUGGUCUGUUGGGGCAGCCAGAGCUCUCACACAGACAUGGGUUGACUCCUUGGCUCUCAUUUUGAACAGCUGCCAUCACUGUUCUCUUGCCUGGUGAUAGUGUCUUGGAGUUAAGGUUCAAUAAUCAAAUAAAUGGUCAGGUUCCCUUGAAGAAGAGGUGAUAAAGUGGCCUGCACAUCCCCAGCGAGGGUUACAUCCCAAAUCCAGACCGGCCAGCAUGAGGCAAAGCUGUGGUUCAGUCCUUUUCCGUAAGGACUAGUCCUCACCCGGGAGAUGGCCGGGGUCAUUGUGUGCAGGCCCUUUUUUUUUUUUUUUUUUAAUUUGGGGGUCUCAAAGAAAAGCUAGCAGUAAAGCUCCUAUUCCACAGGCAUCUGAAAAAUGAGAGCAUCAGAUGCAGGAAGCAGAUAGCAUACAUAUAAAUGGACACGCGUUCCAGAAUGAAGGUGUGACGUCAGCAGCUUGAGCGUGUAGUCCGAGGUUAGCAAGCUGGGCAACUGUGAGCAAGUCUCUUUGGGUCAAGAGGCCUCUCUGCCAUCACUGUCACCACUCUCUUCUCAUCAGCACCCUCCAACAUCCUGUAACACUCCUGGGUCCUAGGAGCAGUGGCUAGAUCAGUUCAAGUGUCUCAGGCAACAGAAAUCAAGAUUCACAGGGCAGUAGCUCAAUGUACAGACAUAUCUUGAGUGCAGCAGCCUGUCCUCCUGCUGGCAAGCCAGUGCUGGCAGCCCCUGCCCUCAAGUACCAGGUGUGACACAAUGGCACCGCUGGCCUCGGUGUCCUGCAGGCAGAGGGGCCGCAUUCCUUCGCACGGCAGAAGGCAGGUGAGGACGUCAGGUGAGAACAGGCAGCCGAGGACCGAGUCCCCCUGAAGCCACGUGAGGGGCGACCUAACAGAAAUAUGUCUGUGUGUGAGAACCACGCAGGGCUGUGUGCACACUAGUCUCCAAACUACCUCUCCCCAGGCGUGCGAGGCGUCCCCACCUGGCCGCUGCAGCACGAGGCAGCGGUCUCACGACCCUUCCAGCCUCGCAGGCAGGGACACAGAGGUGAGGGGGGCGCUUGCUUGUGAUCAUCCCGCAAGUCGGAAGCAGUCAGGGCCGGGGUGCUUCCAGUCUCCACCCAUCGCCAGGCUGUGUGUACACAUGUGCGCGCUUGCGCGUGAAGGGCUGCUGUGCACGGGGGUUCCUCGGACCAGCUCUGCCGGUUAGGGUGUAAGGUUCUGUCCAGCGUAUGCGAGCAAGCUGGGAAAGUGCACACACCUGUCACACUCCUCCAUUGCCAACAAGGCCAGUCCCCAAGUCCACUGAUUGUCAUGGGCACCUGCAGACCAGGGCACCCUUUGAAUUUUUGUUUGGGAUGAACUAUUAAGGUGUUCCAAAACUUCAGGCUCUCGUGUGUAAACUCUCCGCGCCGGGGCCCUGUGUGGCCAGCGCUGCCCGCAGGGCACGGCUUCUCCUCACGUCGGGGUUUGGUGUGUCAGCUUGUCCCCUCACUAUCCCUCACCCACCCCCUUAAAAGUGGUUGGCCAUGAGGAGCAGAGAGGGUGGCAUUUCCAUCUCUUACUGGCUCAGCAGGCGUAAGUGGCCAUGUUGACUUUACAUAAAACUGUGUAAAAUGUGGAAGAUUCAGCAUGUUGAUCAAACAAUAAACUGUCCUGAUUCUCAACAGAAAA